AAGACAAUAUUGCACCGUUCUGCAAUAAGCGGGUCUAUCACUAAAGAAUCUUUGCAUUAUCUUCUCCAUGUUGUCGGCAUUGAGAUAAAUGCAAAGGACGCGUCUGGAAAAACAGCGCUGCAAUAUGCAGCAAAGAAAGCGCGGCAAGAUCAUGACCCCGACCUCUUCGAUCGUGGACGCUGGAAUAGAAGUAUGAAGCUAUUGUUGGAAUCUGGUGCCAGUUAA